UGAUAAGCACAUACCAAGAAGAAACAAAGAGAGUAAAAAACAUAAAAGAAGAAAUAGAAUGGCAAGUAUGGCUGAGAAAUGGGAGCAACUUAGUGGCAAAAACAAUUGGGAAGGGCUUUUAGAUCCAUUGGAUGUUGAUCUUCGUAAAUAUAUUAUUCAAUAUGGAGAAUUGGCUCAUGUAACUUAUGACACCUUCAUCGAUGAGAAAGCAUCCAAAUAUGCAGGAGCUAGCAGAUACUCGAUGGAAAAUCUUUUUACUAGAGCAGGACUUGACCCACUCAAGUAUAAAGUAACCAAAUACUUUUAUGCAACUUCAUCCAUUCCACUCCCUAGUGCUUUCCUUGUAAAAUCAUUGUCAAGGGAAGCAUGGAAUAAGGAAUCAAAUUUUAUGGGGUAUAUUGCUGUGGCUACUGAUGAGGGUAAAGUUGCACUGGGAAGGAGGGAUAUCGUAAUUGCUUGGCGAGGAACAAUUCAGACACUGGAGUGGGUUAAUGACCUUGAAUUUUUACUUAUCCCUGGACCAAAAGUAUUUGGUGAUGGGGGUUUACUUCCUUUGUUCCAACCAUUGGUGCAUCAUGGCUUCUAUAAUAUUUAUACAUCAGAAGAUCCACGAUCAAUGUUUAAUCAGGCUAGUGCCAGAGACCAGGUUCUUGAAGAAGUGAAACGAUUGGUUGAGGAAUAUAAAAAUGAAGAGGUUAGCAUAACAGUGGCUGGCCAUAGCCUAGGUGCAUCACUUGCGACCCUAAAUGCAGUUGACAUAGCUUUCAAUGGAUUCAACAAAACGAGCAGUGGCAAGGAGUUUCCAGUGACAGCUUUUGUAUUCGCAAGUCCUAAAGUUGGGGAUCUCAAUUUUCAGAAGGCCUUUUCCAAACUGAAAAAUCUUCAUAUCCUAAGAAUUCAUAACCUAUUAGACAUUGUUCCGAAAUACCCACCCAUUGGCUAUAUAGACGUUGGUGAGGAAAUAAUAAUUGACACCACAAAAUCCCCGUAUUUGAAGCUUAAUCCUGGAGACCCACACACAAGGCAUAAUUUGGAGGGUUAUUUGCAUGGAAUUGAUGGGACUCAAGGAAUAGGAGUUUUAGCAGGUUUUAAACUAGAGGUGAAUCGUGAUCUCGCACUUGUCAACAGGAUAUGGGACAUGCUAAAAGAUGAAUAUUGUAUACCUGCAGCUUGGUGGACUGAGAAGCACAAAGGAAUGGUUCAACAAGAAGAUGGAACUUGGCUUCUCUUGGAUCGCGAGGACUAUGACUUAGUCAGAGACAUAUGAUUUUAUAUGUGUGGCUUUAGUUUAUUUCUUUUCAUGUAAUGUUUGAAUAAAGGGGGUUUAGAAGAUGUUGAAUAAAGGGGUUUUUCGCGAGCUUGAAAAAGAGCACAUCAUCUACCAUAUAUUGGAAAUGAGUGUUGCGGAAUCUCAUUGUCGAUCUGUUUGUAAAAUUUGUGUACUUGUCUUAAAUUACGUGUCAAUUGUUGUUAUAUUUUAAUUA